CGGUACUUUCCAACUGAAGAGCUGUGAUUCACGAAGAAUAUCGACAGGUGGUGGCUUAUUGCGAGAUGGUGAGCAGCGGCGGUAGGGGGCCAGUUUUGUCUGAGGUUCAUGCAUCAGCUUGCAGAAUGCGUGUUGUCCUGACUUUUUCACGUCUGUCUUCUUCCCUCGAGGGAUCGAAUAUUGUAGUCGUGAACUACCACAUUUUGUGGAUUGAUAACUUAAUUAGAAUUUGUAGAACGCUAAGAGGGGUCGGUUCAAAUGAAUGCUGGAUUGAUUGAUCGGCCGACAGAUAGGAUUCUAAAUAUCAAAUUCUUAGGAAUUGCCUGUUCUAGGCGGCGGGGGGUGUAUGUAUUGCUGAAUUGGCGAAUGGAAGGUCAGGAUCAGUUAAGGGUCUAGUUGUUAAGUGCUAUCUCUGGACACAAAAUCGAAGGAGCGGCACUUUGGAGGAGAAUGCAACGCACGGCAUACCAAGGAUCAGAUAUCCUGUACACGCAUGUUUCAGUUGGUCGCCGCACGCACGACGCACAAGUGGGUGACAUAAGGCGCCCUUCAGCUCGGCGAUGCUGAGCUGAUAUGUGGAACAUGCAUGCUAAUUGCGGAGGCGAAAGCCAAGAAAGUGCCGGUUGCAGCGGCUCCCUAUAUGUAUGUUGGAUCGGUUGCAUGGCCAACUCACAAGUCGUGACGAAAGCCAAGAGGUGGCGGUAUCCUGUACGUGUGUUUCAGUUGGUCGCUGCAUGCACGACUCUCAAAUGGUGACGGAAGGCGCCGUUCAGCUUGUCGAUGCUGAGCUGAUAUGUGGAAUAUGCAUGUUGUGUGCAUGGAUGCUAAUUGCCGAGACGAAAGCCAAGAAAGUGCCCGUUGCAGCGACUCCCUAUAUGUAUGUUGAAUCGGUCGCACGGACAAGUCACAAGUCGCGACGAAAGGCGCUAUUCAGUUUGUCAGACUUUGUCUAUGAUGCGACAAGUUUUUCCAAGUCGCGACGAAAGGCGCUAUUUAGUUUAUCAGACUUUGUCUAUGAUUGUCUGAUCCAUGCCACAUACGUGCAUGUAGGCAGGCAGGCAGCCAGCCAGCCAGGAAGGAAGGAAGGAAGGAAGGAAGGAAGGAAGGAAGGAAGGAAGGCAGGAAGGAAGAGGAAGGAAGAGGAAGGAAGAGGAAGGAAGGACAGGAGGAAGGAAGGAAGGAAGAGGAAGGAAGAGGAAGGGGAAGAGGAAGGAAGAGGAAGGAAGAGGAAGGAAGGAAAGGAAGGAAAGGAAGGAAGGGAGGGAGGAAUGAAGGCAGGAAGGAAGGCAGGAAGGAAGGAAGGAAAGAAGGAAAGAAGGAAGGAAGGAAGGAAGGAAGGAAGGAAGGAAGGGGUGCAAUAAGCACAGGGAAUCAUGAGUGUGUGUUCCGCUAACCACACGGAAAGACGUUGUGGAUGAUGUUGAGUGCGAUUGAGUACCUGGAAUGCUGUUGGUGGCACGACUCACAAAUUCUGAUGGAAGGCGCUGUUCUGCUUGUCGAUGACGUGCAGGUGACUCACAAGUCGUGAUGAAAGGCGCUUUUUAAACCUUUUUUAGUUUAUCACUGAUCUUCUGAACGAUCCCACAUGCAUGCACGCAUGUAGGUCGGCAGGCAGGCAGGCAGGCAGGCAGGCAGGCAGGCAGGCAGGCGGCAUGGGGUGCAAUUAGCACCAGGAAUCAUGCGUGUGCGUUCGAUCGACCAUGCAGACAACGCACUACCGUCUUCCCCCGAACACAAGAAAUAUAGUCUUGUGACUCUUGUAUACAUUCAUUAUCAGGGUGCGUUAUAUUCGGGGGACGACGGUAGUCGUGGCGAGUGGCGUUGUUCAGGUUGUCGUUGUGAUGUCUAGUGGGAUGAUUACGCGGAACGCUGUUAGUGGUGUGGCGCACAAGUUGUGAUGGAAGACGGCGUUCUGCUUGUCAAUGACGUCCGGAUGCAUUGCACCUACCCUUUGUCUGUUUGCGGCACGAUACACAUGAUGAUGGACAGGCCUGGCAUCUGAUGAUGCGGAACAUCACCAUGGUGCACAAUGCCCUAAGGGUUAUCAGGCAUUGGAGCAAGCCACGUAGCUGCGAAAAUAAGGGUCACUCUCUCUCUCUCUCUCUCUCUCUCUCUCUCUCUCUCUCUCUCUCUCUCUCUCUCUCUCUCUCUCUCUCUCUCUCUCUCUCUCUCUCGUCUUUUCCUUCUUUGCACUUGUGAUGCUUGGCUGGGAGCAAUACAUGCUGCAGUAGAAGAAUGGCGUAGUGCAAGCCAACCCUUAGCCAUAUCCUUAUCUUUAUAAUGCUUAUCCAUAUCUGUACCUGGCUCCGGAUAUGGGUAAGGUUCAUCCAUUACAAGUUGACCCUUAGCGGUAUCCUUAUCCGUAUGAUGCUUAUUUGUAUCUGUACCUGGCUCCGGAUAUGGGUAAGGUUCAUCCAUUACAAGGUGCGUGAUGUGUGCAGAGGCUCUCUUAAUUAAUGUGUGUCGAAAGUUAUGGAGUGCCUGCAGUUGAUGUAAAAUUCAGGACGUCAACAAAUAUUCAUGUCCAUC